GUGAAAUUUGCAUGGAAGGACCCCUUAUCCAGAAAACCUCAGGUCCAGGGAAUUCUGGUUAAUAGGUCUCAUACCGAAGUAUAUGCCCUGUAUAUAUGUACGUAUGUGUUUAUUCAGAGUUACACUUUUUAUGAAUGUUAAAUCUAAAACGCGGACUGUGUUAAUACAGUAGGGCACUUUGCCUUUAAGUGUCUUUUACAAUAUAAAUCAAUCGGUUUAUUAAGAAAGCGUCAUUGUUUUUGGAAGCAUUAUUACGGCCAGCUAUGAAUGGUAUGUGCCCUUUCAUAGACAAUAAUGCCCCACAUUCCUUCUGCUUUAGUGUCAGACACGAUGCGUGGGAGCUGCGGCUUCAGCUGUACAUGUGUAUGCGAUCCAACACACUGCCAUUGUUUCCCUGUGCACUGACUGAGUGCCAUCCCCAGCCCAGUGACUCCCUCAGCCUGGGCGGCAGUGUGGGCAAGGGGCCUUGUGCUACCGGCGCUACACUGGGGACAGGACAGCCCUUGGAUUUGUGAGCCCUUCCAUGCUCUCACCCACAGCUGCUGAUGGCUGAAGCCUGGCUGGAGGAAGAAGAGGAGGAGCUGAGAGAGCUCAGGGACAGUGCUGGGAACAGGAGGCACAGGAGGUCCAACCUCAACCAAGCUGCAGAACGCCCAGAAAGAAAUAAACCAGAGCACCGAUUUCCUGGGCAAGGUCCCUUGUCCUCAAUAAGAGCAGUCAUUAAGAGAACUUCAAGAACAACAACUCAGAGUGAGCAACAGAGAGAGAGAAGACGCCCAGAGAUAACAAUUGUUGCCGCUGAGCCCAUUGGUCCUGGAUCUUGGUUUCAUGGUGGACCACCAGCUGGACUGGGGUUUCCUCCUCCACCACCCCCACAGUGGAGGCCCAGUGAAUCUCAUCCAGCAGAGCAGCCGCCAUCCUAUGAGCAGGUGAUUAAAGAAAUCAACCAAGUUCAAGUUACCACAUCCAACUGUAAUGCAGAGCCCCGACGCACUACAACCUGUGCAACACAAACUGAUUUUCAGGUGGACGAAGAUCAAAACGUUCCAGUCAGUAAUGUUAUUGAUCAGCCUGUCUUCUGCAAUCAAGAACCACUAACAGCCCAAAAAGCUCCCGAAAUAUCUCGUCAGUCAUUAACUUUUUUGACAAGCAAUGUAAAUAGCAGUACUCAACAAGUAGCAGUUUGUAACAGUACAGAGACAACUGUCAGACAAGACGAUCCUAAUGCCUUUAGACCCCCAGUGCCAAGACCAAGGACAAAAUCCAACCUCAGACCUGUAGGAAACAAUUUUCUAAGUAUUUAUCAAGACAACAGUGAACAGUUUGUCCCAUCCACACUUGAGGGAGAGCUCUCUUUUCAUCCUUGCUCUAGUUUUGAUGACAGCUUUUUUGAAGCGAACAAUAUGAGCCAUGAAAGAAGCCAAAACAGUAUUGUUUCAAGGAUUAAGGCUUUUGAGAGUCAAACUGAAGCUUCAGAGCAGCCUAGGAGACCAGAAAUCGUGCCACGUACCUUCAAUAACAGGGGCUCUGGUGCUGUUAAGCCUACACCUGCUCCCAAACCUGUCUCCAACAAGACAUCUGGUGAGUGGGAGCUGUCAAACGACAAUAAACCAAAAGUUACCCCAAGGGAAGGGCUGGUUCCACCUAAGCUACCAGAUGCAGGUAGCACAGUAAAGCCAGAACUGCCAAAGAAACCAAAGCCUGGGGUAGCUAAAAGUAGUAGCAGUGAAUUUCCUGAUUCGGGUCUCGGGGCCUCACUUUCUUUAAACAACAACAUUCAUGAUGCUGAAAGGAAAGUGCCCAUUCCAGCUCCCAGACCUAUGCUCCCGAAGAAAUCCUCACAGAGUGAGCUCCCUGCCUUGCCAACUGCAGUACCCAGGCCACAUGUUGCUGCCCCAAAACCUUUUGUAGCUACACAAGCCAAAGCAUUCUCAACGUCAGAACUACCUGCAGUUCGUAUUCCGCCACCUGUUGCACAGAACAAAUCAGUUGGUGAACUAGAUCUGAUCAGUUUUGAUGAUGAUGCUUUAUCUCCUGUUCUGCUUCCCAGUACAGAAGCCACGAAUGGCACAAAGGCUACUGCUGAUCCAUUCCAGUCUUAUUCUACAGACGAUGCUGAAAAGGAGCAGCCAGUGCCACCUGCUCUGCAGAGAAAACCUACAGUAAUCAGAAUCUCUGGCAAGCUAGGGAAAUCUUCUGAAGAACUUCAGGUUCCACCACCACUCCCUGCUGAGAAGCCUGUUGGAAGCCUCUACAAUAAAUCAAGCAUGAGGCCUCGUCCUGUAGGCAGAAAAGACUGGGAGUCCACAGAGUCUAUAGAAGAGACUUGGACCAAGCCGGUGCUGCCUACAAGGCCUGUUGGCAUUAAAGUGAUGGAAACUCCUAGCCAACCACAGAAAGGCCCUCCAGGACGUCCUCCACCACCCAAAGUAUCCAGAAAUUCCACCCGAGACGGCUUUCCCCGAUCUGCUUCUGAUGUUGGUUUUAAUGCAAAACACAAUACAUCUGGCAUCAGCAGGUCAAAGAGUCAUGUCAUUAAAAGGCAACAACCAGAUCUACCUCCCCGGCCCAAGCCUGGACAUCCCCUGUACAACAAAUACACACUGCCCCUGCCUCACGGGAUUGCUGAUAAAGAUGUUGUAUCCAGUAAACCAGGAGAGCUGUCAUGCAAGCGUGGAGAGGUGCUUGUACUACUGGAACAGACUGACAAUAAUUCCAUUCAGUGCCACAAGGGUUCAGCAACUGGAGAAGUCAAAAUAUCCAAUAUGACGAUUAUUACUCCUCUCGACGAUGAUGUGGAAACCAGAAACAAUGUUAGCAGUGGUGACGACAGUCAUGUUCCCCAUGCCAUAAUACUACAUGAUUUCAGAGGAGAGCAAGCGUCUGAUCUAAGUUUGAAUUCAGGAGAGACUGUUUAUCUGCUGGAGAAAAUAGACAGUGAAUGGUACAGAGGGAAGAGCAAAGGCGGCACUGGGUUAUUUCCUGCCAAUCACAUCAGGGUUAUUGUUGAUGUUCCUAGUAAAGGGCUGCAGAAGAAGCCAUCAAUCCCAUCUAGUAUAAAGGGUGCGCGAUGUGUUGCACGGUUUGAAUUCAUAGGAGAUCAGAAGGAUGAACUCAGCUUCUCAGAGGGUGACAUAAUUGCUCUCAAGGAAUAUAUUAAUGAUGAGUGGGCCAAGGGAGAGCUUAAAGGGCAAACUGGAGCUUUCCCGAUCAAUUUUGUUGAAAUAAUAGAAGAUUUACCAGCUGGAGGCCUGAGUAAAAUGAUGGCAGAUGCUGCACAUUCACAAAAGAAGUCGGGAGCAUCUGCACAGCAGCCCCAAGUAUCUGGGGAAUGGGCUGAAGCCCUUUAUGACUUUCAUGGAGAGGCUGAGGAAGAUCUGCCAUUUAAGAAAGGAGAUAAGAUCCAAGUAAUAGAAAGGCUGGAUACUGAAUGGUACAAAGGGCGUCUGAAUGGCAGAGAUGGGAUCCUGCCGUCUGCUUUUGUACAAGUCUCUUCAGGAACAAAGCCUUGGCAAACUCAGGAAGGAAAAGCAGGAAAGGCUCGGGCACUUUAUGACUUCUGUGGGGAAAACGAGGAUGAACUCUCAUUUAAGGCAGGAGACAUUAUUUCGGGGCUGGAAUCCAUAGAUCAUGAAUGGAUGAGCGGCGAACUUUAUGGAAAAUCUGGAAUAUUUCCAAAGAACUUUGUUCAGCAAUGUUAGUCUCAAAGGCCAAGCCUCUGUGCCCAUCUGUGCGCAUCCUGUCCUCUCAAACUAUCACCUUUGGUGCCAACGGAACUUUUUAUAUUUUAAUGUGUGAUAUUUUUGCACUACUUUUUUUUUUAUCUUAGAGAACAAAAAACAUUUGUUACCUGUUAUGUUACUGUCCUGUAUUAGUACUUUCAGUCCAACGAAAUCAUGUGUAACAUACAGCGAAGGGUAAUGUAGCAUUGCAAAGGGCUCACACAAAACUUCACUUCACCAAAUAGCUUUGACUUAUUCUGAUCUAAAUGGCAGAACCAGCAAAUCUUGGACAUGACUGUAAUGCUAAUUUCUGCCUCCCAAGGGAAUGUAAAAUUGCUUGCCUAGCACUGAAAAGCUAUAUCAACCAAUCAGUUGUUUGCUUUUAGUAGCCUAUCUGCAGGGGUUUUCAAGACAGCUGGGCCCUGAAAUCUGAGGGUUCCCAUGGGCACAAAUAAUUAAAGAUUUCACCACAAAUAAUAAAAGGGAUCCAUUCACAAUUCCAUUUGCAGGGACUGAAUGAUGUUGGUGGAUAGAGAUGUGAUUAAGAAUCUGAUUCUCUCUGGGGAGUUACAUGGAAUGAUGCAAUAAGGAGCAAGGUCCACUUGCAGGAACUAUGAGAUGUCGGCGGGUAAAGGAGUGUGAUUAAGAAUCUGGUGCCAUGGAUUGGUUAUAUGGGGUCUGGAUCAAAUAUUGAAACUAUACCUCUGUUUUUAAACUGCUGGUCGGUUGCUAUAGAUUGUAGAACUGGCCAAAUGGAUGUGGCUUGCUUUUAAAUUAAUUUUUCACAGCAACGCUUACUUGGAUACCUCUUUAGUAAUGCCAUGCACUGGCACACAUAUGUCUCUAGAAUUAAGAGCAUCCACAGAUAUCCAUGCUUCCUCACAAUAGCUAAUUUUUCUCUCUUGGAUGGUGUCAUAAAUUAGUUAUUUCAUGAACAUUCUUGUUUCAGGUUGCUAUUGCAUUUAUCAUUUUAUUUUGCACCACUGUCAUUUGAAAUGUUUAUAUUUGAUGGUGCUGGCAUGAAGAUCAGAUAAGUUCACCAAUUUACUACUUUUGGGCAAAACAGGGAUGAUGGCUCAGAUACUGCUGUUUGAAUUGUGUAUCCCUGCAGGGUGCUGUAUUAUCUGGGUACCGAGUCCCAAGUGACAUCAAUGUAUAUAGUGGCAAUCAUUUAAUCAACAAACUGUAUGCAGCACAUCAUAUUCAUUCUAUCCAGUGACACGCUGUCCAUUAUACACAAGUGUUAGCUAGGCCCAAUGAAAGUUAUUAUGUAAAUAGACUUUUUGUAAGAGAGUUGGAAGCUUUGCUGCAAAACACCCGCUUUACAGUUGUUUCUAUAGGAUCACAACCUGAAGAUGAAAUCGAUGUAAAAAAAAUAUCAACUUUUUUUUCCUCAACUUUUCCUUUUCUGCUAAGGCUCUCCACUGGCUGGAAGCUCAGUAUGCAGUAUGUACAGUCACUUCAACUAGAACAUUUUCUAUGGUGGAGAAAAAGAAGAAAAUGCACUUUAAGGAAUGUCCAUUGCUCCUCUUUGUCUCUGUUUUUCUUUUUACUUUGUCUCUCCUCUUUGUCUCCUUUGUGCCUCGUCUCUCUCACUCUCACCUUUCUUUCUCUGUCUCUCUCUACAGUAUAUUAUUACCUGCUGAACAUUGGGUGAAAGAGUAUUAGUUUACCAAUUUGUUUAAAUGUUUCAUUUAGACAAUUGCACAUUGCUAAAUCACUGCAUAUUAAAUCAGAUUUUUAACAAAUCAUUUGCAUGUGUGGGCAUGGAUUAAAAAGACAGCGGAAAAAAGGACUCUUCCUAAUGUGUGACAAGAGCUCAUGGAUACACUAUUUAAGAUUAUUGUACUGAUAUGUCUGGUAGCUUAAAUCUGACAUCGUAUGUAAACUAAUUUCUAAAUUGUUUUGUACAAUGGAUCAUUUGUAUGGAUGUAUUUUUUGUUAUACUACUUUUGUUUGUUGUGUGUGUCUAUACAUUUCCAACAAAUGAUUUUAACA